CAUGACCACUACUUUGAUCUACACUUCCCAACCCCAUCCAAUCCCGAAUGAGCCGGUACUGUGUCUUCGACUUCAUGAAUACACCAAACUAGUUCCUCGCGGCAUAACCUAUCAUGGAGCUUUCCUCAGGACUUGAACAGAUCUCCAUAACGAGUCCGGUCCUCGAGAAUCGAGCUGGAUCACUGCCUCGAUCAUUCGAUGUCGGCGCCGCUAGGGAUGUUAUCGCCUGCAUCCUCUUACGUGCUUCACGCCAAGAUCUCAACAACAAACGCAAUCGGUUCGUUCCACGCGGCAGCUUGAUGUCUCAGUUCAACUACGAAAAUGUCUCAAGCUUUCUAAGGACAUUUAUUUCUUCUGAUGAGACUAAAGUUGCCGAUGUUGCACAUUUUGUUACUCCCAACGAGCAAGAACAAUGCCUCUGUGACGAUGCUCUAUGUACAGGACUAAGAAUAAUCUUUGCAACAUUAUUCUUACUCGGUAAACAGGAAGUAAUAUUGAAAAUUUACCAAUCGCCGGUUCAUAUUUGCGAUGGAGCUUGGCCAUGUAGCGAUCCGACCUCGCCAACCUACUUUUCUCGGGCUGCUGAGGCUCUUCGAGAAGUCCUGCAAGCCCUAAACGCACAUGACGAGGAACUAUUCCACCAACUGCAAUGGCAUAUGAGAUCUCCGUACUUUAGUAAAUCGGACCCAAAUACUAACAAGCAGGCUUACCAUACAUUGCAUGAUGAAAUCACAUUGCCGUGGUCAGAGAUCAACAUGCAGCGGGAGAUACUUGAUGGCCAAGUUUCGUUCGUGCAAAAGAUGAAGAUUCACGGAGAUCAUCACGAUUUAUUAGAUGCAUGUUAGCAGUCUCUUUGACCUAUGGGAAGAUCAUGACUUAUAUCAUGAUUCUACUGAGCAUUAUCCGCCUUGGUACUCGGUCCAAUGGAUGAU